AUGUGGGGAUGGGGAAAUGGGUAUCCUAAUCCCCCGCCUGGACCUCCAAAUAAUAAUAUUGGAAUCGGUUAUCCGACAGCUUAUUCUUUGUAUGUUGGAAAAGGAGGAGGAGGUGGAGGUGGAUGGGGCGGUGGGGGUGGAUGGGGAUGGGGUGGAGGAGAUCAAUACCAGUCUGGCAAAGGUCUCGGCUUCCCGACAUUGAAAUGUGAGAAUGGUGGAGCACAUAUUGGACAAUUGGAUCAAGAUGCGAUUUGCAUAGCACUUGGUGGAACUUGUGUGAAUGGAGCCUGCUGCACGACACCUUUUUCGGCAUUGGGCAGCGGGGGAAAGACGGGAAAUGGCGAUAGACCAUUGACAACAGUUGAAGGAGAUGUAGAACCAGGCUCGAUCAUUUCCGAAACAAGUAAUGAAAAAGAGGAAUGGGAAAGACGUGGAAGUGGACUAGUUGGAGAGAUUGGAGAAAAGGGGAGAAUAACGAGGCCGCCAUUCGGAACAACACCACAGCCAUACACAGAAAGGACGAGGAAACCGACGACACAUCAGAAAAAGGUUUGUGUGAAAAAAGGGAAA